CGUCUCAUAAACGCGUAGCUUGCUCCCAGCAGCAUUAAAGAGUAUAAGCGCGCGCCACAGGGGACACGUUUGUUCCCCGACUUUUUCGGCUGCUGUUCAAGCCACACACUCGCUGCGCACAAAUACCUGUAUUAACGGCACCCAAACUACUGUCGAGGCAUAUUUAGUGGAGGGCAACGGAGGAUUGUCGCUCGCAUUGUUUGCAUUUUGCUCUGACGCCGUCUUAAACAUGUCAGGCGGCAAUGGUGCUGACUCGAUGGCGGUUGUAGACGCGGAGAACUGGCGCAUACGCGUGAGGAAGGAGCAGUCGGCCUCAAAGUCGUAUCGCGACGAUUGGUCAUUCCUGAUUCGCCCUGAAACGCCUGGUCAUCUCAAGCUUCCGCAUGCUCGCGCCACUGUCAAGUACCACAGCGGUGGUGGUGGCUAUACGCUGCUGCAGAAGAAGAUUCCCCUCGUGGGCAGCGACGCUGACAAGGCCCUUGAGCGGGAGCAAGAGUACCUCACCACGGCCUCGCUCACCAACAGCAGGCCCAGCACAGCGCUGCAAGCCACGCUGUACUCACACUCGCGGCGCAUGGAGCACAUCGCCUCCACCGACUGCGCCCUGCAGCGGACAAGCCGGGUUUACGGUUCGCGGCACACGCUUGAGCAGUUUGGAGUUUCCCAGUUCGGCAUCCGUGAGACCCGCUCGAAGCUGCCUCCGCACUGAGAUAGUGUCGCAGGAUGCUGUUGGAGCCGGGGCCAGCUCGACAACCCAGAGAUAGACCACACAGUUCACAAUAUGAUCCCAGUUAGUCCCAGUCGCAUUCAUCUUCAAGCACUGCUAGGAGUUACGUGCUAGAGCACGCCAGCACUUCUAAAGCCCCUGCAGCGGCGUUAAUGUCCUUUCGCUGCAGGUGUCGCGUGCCAGUAAUGUUGAUCUCAGGCGCCCAGGAACAGGCACUCAGGCUCCCACGUGCCAAGUGACUCACCAGCAUGGGACAGCUGCGUGUAUGUCGCAGCGAGUGCUAUUUAUUAAGACGUAACGGCUCUGCACAAGAGCGCGGAGCGCGCCGCGGUGGCGGCAGGAGUGUCGUGGAGGGUGGUACUGCGCGCAGAUCAGUCGAGGCCGUAAGGUGUCGUCGUUAGCAGCAUACCCUAGUUAGCAGCAUACGCUAGCAGUAUAUCUAGUUACAGGUAACCUAGCGUUUCCGCGGUUCAGUGUCAUGAGGCUCCUUGUGCAGGGGAGCGGGUUUCAGAGGCAGGAGAGCAGGUUCAGGCCAGAUUUAACUUUCAACGGUGUGACCGUGUGGGAGUCACGGACGGCAUGGCGUGGAUGCGUACGUGUAGUGUAAAAGCCUGUAGGGUGUACAACAAUUGUGUGAUGUGGGGUAUUUGUGUUUCGCGUGGUCAGGCAGCUUCGGCGCACUGAUGACACAUCCAGCCAAAAAGAGGACUGGGGCAGUAGCGAGUUUACAUGGUGUGGGAAACAGGUUUGCAGGCGAGCCGGGAAGCACAGUGCAGUUGUGUUAGAUGUCGUCAGAAGUAAGCUUGUUGGGUUGAAGGCUCGUUUGUUUGUGUGCCGGCGCUCUGAAAAGUUUGCGCGCUCAUUCACUUCGUUGUUCGCUCGUUUCUUCGCACUCAUAUGUACAUGGUGCAUGUUGAUGAUUAGGACGUAGGUGUGCGGGGCAUGCCUGAACGCCGACUGGGCUUGCGCCACAUGGGCCAGACUGGGCCAGAGAUACAUGGAGAUACUGGCUACACAGGGCUACGGUAUCGCACCGCGCCAGCUGCAAGACAUCUAAGUGCGCACGCCGCCGGGACUACAUGCAGUGGUGGGACAGGCUACGGUAUACAACACGGUUGUGCACGGCCGAAGCAAAGCAAAUAUCACACGGAAGUGUGGCAGGGCUUGCAUCUUCCAGGGUUAGGCCGCCGCCGCUGGCAAGAAGGGCCCUAGCCACGUUCUUGUCCACGGCAUCCAGGGGCCCCAAAACGCCCAGUUUUUGGCGUUUGUAGGGGCUACAUUCCCCCAACCCUCCCCGAGGAAGGGGUAGUAACGGUAGUUGGCGAGAUUCGGGGACCGUAUGCAGUCCCACGCGGCGAGAACGCACCCCCGGAAAUGCCCAAUCUUUAUCG